AUGGAAGAGCAUCAGGUGGUGCCCGAUGUCCUCGAUGUCAUUCCGCCCAAUGUUAUCGAGAUUACAUACCCGGGUGGACAGACGGUCUCUAUGGGAAAUGAGUUGGAGCCCAAACACGUUAAAGACAUCCCAGACCUCCGGUGGACCACAGAAGAGGGUGUCUUAUAUACCCUGAUUAUGACAGACCCGGAUGCGCCCGUUCGCAACAAUCCUUAUAACCCAAAGCACGGAGAGGCCAACCACUGGCUUGUGGUCAACAUACCGGGGCUCGAUAUACAGUCAGGACAAACUUUAAACGAUUAUGUGGGUGCGGGACCCCCACCGGGUUGUGGUUUACAUCGGUAUAUAUUUACGAUAUACAAACAAUCGGGUGUUCUUAAUAUUAGUCCACUACCGGGGCGCCGUGGUUUCAAAACACGUGAUUUUGCUCGUAAGCACGGGUUGGGUGAGCCCAUAGCCGGCAACUUCUUCCAGGCUCAGUUUGACAGAUAUGUGCCCCUAAUGUACGUCCAAAUCAUUGGCACUCGUAUUCGCAAUAUGUGUUCAAUUAUGUGA